GAUUCAAACAUUCAAAAUAGUGUUUAAAAUGUGGAAAACUAUUAAUUCAGCUUUAGUCACAUCGAUCAAAAACCAAACUGUUUUACAACCCAUCAACGAAUUAUUAUACCAACAAAUUAGGACUACUUAUGUAUUAAAAAGAAAAACUCCCCCUAAUUUGCACAAAUUAGGAGGCCUGCGAAAACCUUUACGCAGCAGACAUUACAUAUACGAUGUGAUCAAAAAUACAGCUAUAGAACGUCAACCAGACAUCGAAGUGCUUCUGACUUCUGUAGUAGAGGGUUUGGGUAAUGUUGGGGAUAAAGUUUCGGUACGACCGCAAUUUGCCUACAAUAAUCUUCUCCUGCCAGGGCUAGCAGUGUAUGCAAGCCCUGAAAAUCAAGAAAAAUAUAAAGAUCUAGCCAUUAAUACAGAUGUUAAAAAAUAUAGUACACCUUCAGCUGCUUAUACUGUCCAAUCUUUAUCUCGAAUGACUUUGUCAGUAAUUAUGAACAAAGAUGUGCCUUGGACAUUGAAACCUUGGCACAUAAAGGCUUCGUUUAGAAAGUGUGGAUAUGUAGUUCCAGAAUAUGCUAUAGAACUUCCAGAACAACCGAUAACUGGACCAAAUAUGGAUAUAGAAAAUAAAGAGUUUGCAAUUACAGUCACGAUAAAUAAGCAAGAAAAAGUAAACGUACGUUGCAGAUUACAUCAUUGGAGUACAGAAUUGGCCAGCAGGCUCCCGUACGUUCCCAGAUUUUGGGAAACGCCGUCAGAACCAAUUUUACCUGAACAGAAAUCGAUUUUGGAUACCAUUCCGAUAAAAGAAAUCCCAGUUCGAAGGCUACGCUCAGGAGCGUGGGGUGUCUGGGUCCGUUUUCUGGUGUGGCGAAGCGAAAGGCAUCCUGGGCCAGCUUAAAUAAGUGGGAAGAACUGUGGAUAUGUCUCUGGGACGAUUCUAGAACUGUUCUCAAUCGCAUCACUUCACCUGCAAUUUAAUAAAAACCUCUUAACAUUCUUCAAAGUUUUAAAAACUACGAGAUAUAAUCCAGUAGUUUCGUUGGAAUUUUAUGGAUAAGAAUUUGGGUAUUAAAAAUUAUACAAUUCUAUUUUUAGUUUUAAAUAAUAUAAAUAGAAAGUAAGACACAUCGAUUUUUCCCCAAAUCUGGGGAAAUUGUAGAAUAGAUAUGGCAAAACCGCACCGCAUGAUUCAAUGGUAUGUAUUCCUAGUAAUUUCCCAGAAAGGAAACACCGUUUCUUCAACGACCGAACGCUUGCACGUUAGCCGUCUAAGGGAUCUGUCGAUCGCUGGAGAAGCAGAGUUGCUUUUCGAUACCAAUUUUCUAGGUAAUUAUAAGACGUACUUACUAUUAAAUCUUUCGGUGCGGUUUUACUAGAUAUUCUACAAAUUUCCCCAGAUUUGGGGAAAAAUCGAUGAAAGUGCACCGAAGGUCUUUUUAUUUUACUGACAUAUGUAGUUAAAAAAUCCAUUCUGUGAAUAAAAGAAACAUUCUCAAAUUAAAAGUGUUAUGUGUUUUAAUAGUAAAAAUUCUGCUUAAGACUAUUAAACAAAUCAAGUUUUUAUCUCUAUCUUGCUAGGUCCAAUAAAUUUUUUAAAUUUCAAAAUUGUAAAUGGCACAAAAUUAUAUAAAUAUCCCUUUAUCCUUGUUUGUUACAUUCAAAAUAUUUUAAAUUCAUUUUAUUCCAUUGUGCACGUUUUUAUUCGAUUUAAUUCCG